AACAUUUCAGGACGGGAACAGAUGCAAAACAUUCAACAAUACAGUAGUUCGGAAAGUGAUGGCGACGAUGAAAAUGAUGACCCUCAGAGCGAUUUCCACAGAAAACUACCUCCUUCCAGAGAAGUUUUACAACUUGCGAAAACCUCGAGCACGCCGGCUCCAGAAGACAACCCCUCGCACCAUCAAGGCAGAGUUAGAUCGUUCGCUCACGAACGAGGCAUUUGGGCCAGUUAUGUGUUUAUAGAUUAUAACGAAAUUGAUGCGUUUAAUGAUCUACAACAGCAAAUAAUCGACAAAGCUUCCGAAGACUUAAAUCUGAAUCUGAACCGGGUGGAUAAUCUUCAUCUAAGCUUGACCAAAACAUUUGUUUUGAGACAUCACAAUAUAGCGGCAUUCGUUGGAAACGUGCGUUCAGCGAUCGGCGAAUGCAAAAGAUUCCCGAUAAUUCUAUCCGAUCUAGCCAUAUACACCAACGAAGAGAAUACAAGAACUUUUCUAGCCGUUAAGGUAGCCGAUCACAGUUAUGGGUCGCUCAGCUCAUUGGUUGAAAAAUUGGACAGUUGUAUGAAGGAGUACAAACUGCCGGUGUUCUACGCGGAUCCAUCGUUUCACAUCAGUAUCCUUUGGUGCCUUGGAGAUCAACGGACAAUUUUGGAGGAAAAAUGUUCAUCGUUGCAGCAAAUUUUUACUGCUAUCUAUGAAGAGGAGUGUUGUGAUAUGAACGUUAGCGUUAGGAUGUUAAAGUUUAAAUGUGGGAAUAAAUUCUACUCGUUUGAUUUGUUGUAAGAAAAGCG